AUGGCUUGUGUAGCAUUGUCUCAUUCCGGUUCGAUACGGGUGCCGCAUCCGACAACAGCUCUCCGGGAGGCGUUGAUUGAAUUCGAAGGUAUUCUGACAGAGGAACAAAGGGGACUCUAUCAAGUCAGCGCUACGAAACCAGAUGUUGCGAGCGUCAUCGCAUUCGUGGCGGAGAUCGACGCCAAUAACAACAGCACGACAAGGAGAUGUGUGGCACCGAGGUUGUGUACAUUUCUGGAGGCGACACAACAGUUCAGUGAUGUCGUGGGUACAUUUAUCAGCUCCAAUCCUCAAAUCGCCGCCCUAAUCUGGGGCGGCGUUAAGAUGGCUAUAUUGACGGCAAGCAAUAUUACAUCUUACUUCGACAAGGUGACAAAAAUGAUUAUGGAGAUCGGAAGGUCGUGUCCAACCUAUCAACAAUUUGGUCAACUUCAUCCCGGCUGUAUCGGCCUUCAACGUGAGCUAUGCGAGUACUAUGCAGCCAUCGUCCAAUUGUGUACCAAGAUCAUCGAAGUAUCAAGACGCCCGCCGAUCACGCAAACUUUAUCGUCUAUUUUCAAUCCCUUCGAGUCUGAUUUCAAAAGUCCUCUCGAUAAACUAAAGCAAGCUACAAAGGACAUACAGCUGCAGAUAUCACUUGCCUCAAAGCAGGCUAACGAGGAAACAAAAAAAUUGCUGGAAAACGAGAGCCAAAAUAACGCAGCAUUCCGAAAGUUGACAAAUAAAUUCCGAAAAGAAACCCAAAAGGAACACACUGAGGCGCACCAGUGGAGAAUCCACAUGAUGAAGAGGGAAGCUGCAAGCUUGAGAUCUAGCAUUAGACAAAAUCUUUCUACCAUCGACUACGUCAAACCCUGGAAGCAAGCUAUCCAACAACGCGUGCCCUUCACAGCGGAGUGGUUACUGCAAGAGUUCCUUUUCCAUGAUUGGCAAGAUGACCAAAAUACUGCAAUUCUCUGGUGCCCAGGCACGAUGGGUAUGGGAAAGACAGUGCUUAUAUCUAAUGUGGUUGCCCAACUUCAUGCCUCACGAAAUACCAAUGACAUUAUUUCCUAUUACAUUUGUCGUGCGGACAACACUGCAUCUCUGUCAGCGAGAAACAUUAUCGGGAGUCUUGCUCGUCAAAUAUUAGACUCUCAGAUCAAACACGCUGAAGAUGAAAGUCUACAACGCCUAUACGAGGAUAGCAAUGACCUCAAUACGGCUGAAGUAGUUGAUUUCGUACUGUCUCGGCUCCACGAUGACAAUACAUACUAUCUAGCUAUUGAUGGACUGGAUGAAUGUGAACCUGUCGAGAUCCGGAAGGUGGCGCAGAGUGUGGCCAAACUUUGUAACAUGCGCGUUAAAAACUUCAAAGUUCUCUAUACAGGCCGCCCGGAGCUUGAAAACCAAUUGUUUGGAGCCAUGAAACCCAAAUACAAAAUCCCGGUGACCGAGACAAAAGUUGACUUGGAGAUGGAUCGCUAUAUUGCCGCGGCUAUAGGCAACUGCCUAGAAGACAAACAAUUGAUCUUGGGGGAUCCCACGCUCAUUGUGAAGAUAUUUGAAACCCUAAAAAAGGGAUCCAACGGAAUGUUCCUCUGGACGCGUCUUUUCAUCGAAGAGCUCUGCGAACAAGGCAGUGACAGUGACAUCUUAGAUGCAUUGAAGCAUCCCCCUCGUGGCCUAUCUGAAAUAUUUGACAGAAAACUCAGCCGUGUACGGGAGAGAACCUUGGGAAAAGACGCGUUCAAAAUUCUCCAAUUUUGUGGUGUGAUGAAGCGGCCAUUGACAGCGAUGGAAUACCAGGAGGUUUUAGGUCUUUCCCCUGGACAAACGUCUCUUGACCGAAAAAAGCUCCCCAACGACAUGAAUAAGGUCAUCGGUGAUUGUUGUGGUCUAACAUUCAUCGACGAAGAGGACAGCACUGUGCACUAUGUUCAUCAUAGCGUGAAGAAACACCUUUUUGGCACGAGCUCCCGACACUCGGAGGAAUUCAAUAUGGCGGGACUUGAUUGGCAUAUCGGCGUUCUUUGCAUGACCUACCUCGAUUUCACUGAUUUUAAGCGUCAGUUGACGAAAAUUCAGGAUGGUUCAAAUACUCCUAUACGGCCUGUUCAGCUUGGAAUGUCCCCCUUCGGCAGUUACAGCAGUAUGACUGGUCGAAUGGCACUGAGGCUACUUUCUUACCGUGAGAAGUUACAGCAUCUCAGCGCUGGGGAGCUAGAGAGGAAGGCCCAACAAAUACUUGGUGACAAAGAGUCUUCACGUCUAGAGAUGGAACUCCAAAGCCGAGGUUUUCACUUUCUCGAAUACGCCCGAAAUCACUGGAUCAAUCACCUCACAAACCCACAGCCUGACCCUGAGGAUACGACUUGGUCAUUGUUCUGCCGCUGUGUAGAAGGGAAUGAUAUUGUUGCAUACAGACCAUGGGAGUCAGCGCAGAAGGCCUACGAAGAUAGAAACGAUGUACCGCAGACGAUACAAUGGUUGUCAGCAUAUGGACAUUAUCACUUGCUUUUGUACUAUAUAAGGCGUCAGCCUUAUAUUUUAACAGAGAACAUCAAGCGUCAUAUCCUUCGAAGUUCCAUCAUCAAUGGCCAUCAUCGUCUCGCCAGGUGUAUUAUCCAACACGGACGCGAUUCUCCUGCUCUCAUGCAUCAUGGAUUGUUUUUGGUUUCGAGAGAAGGUUGCAGUGAAUUACUACCAAGUCUGCUCCAAGUAGUCGCCGACGUGGAUGCACGAGUGUGUGGCCAAACAGCGCUCCAAGCAGCAGCGCAAGGAGGCCAUCUUCAGGUGGUAGAGCGACUUCUCGCAGCAACGGCAAAUGUCAAUGCGCCCGCCGUAGAGGAAAAUGGACGAACAGCGCUCCAGGCAGCAGCGGAAGGAGGCCAUCUUCAGGUAGUAGAGCGACUUCUCGCCGCAAAGGCUGAUGUCAAUACGCCUGCUGGAGAGAUAAAUGGACGAACAGCCCUUCAAGCAGCAGCGCAAGGAGGCCAUCUUGAGGUGGUAGAGCGACUUCUCGCAGGAAAGGCGGAUAUCAAUGCGCCGGCUGGAUACUAUGUGGUAGAGCGGCUUCUCGCCGCAAAGGCUGAUGUCAAUACGCCUACCGCAGAGGGACGAACAGCCCUUCAAGUAGCAGCGGAAGGAGGCCAUCUCAAGGUCGUAGACCAACUUCUAGCCGCAAAGGCUGAUAUCAAUACGCCUGCUGGAAGGGGACGAACAGCCCUUCAAGCAGCAGCGCAAGGAGGCCAUCUUGAGGUUAUAGAGCAACUUCUCGCAGCAAAGGCUGAUGUUAAUGCGCCGGCUGGAUACUACGCUGGACGUACAGCCCUUCAAGCAGCAGCGGAAGGAGGUUAUCUUCAGGUAGUAGAGCGACUUCUCGCUGCAAAGGCUGAUGUCAAUGCGCCUGCUGGAGAGAUAAAUGGACGAACGGCGCUCCAAGCAGCAGUGGAAGGAGGUUAUCUUCAGGUAGUAGAGCGACUUCUCGCCGCAAAGGCUGAUGUCAAUACGCCUAACAGAGAGGGACGAACAGCCCUCCAAGCAGCAGCGCAAGGAGGCCAUCUUGAGGUUAUAGAGCAACUUCUCGCAGCAAAGGCUGAUAUCAAUGCGCCUGCUAGAUACGGAGGAACAGCGCUCCAAGCAGCAGCGGAAGGAGGCUAUCUUGAGGUGGUAGAGCGGCUUCUCGCCGCAAAGGCUGAUGUCAAUACGCCUAACGGAGAGGGACGAACAGCGCUCCAAGCAGCAGCGGAAGGAGGCCAUCUCGAGGUCGUGGAGCGACUUCUCGUAGCAACGGCAAAUGUCAAUGCGCCUGCUGGAUACGAAGGAACAGAGCUCCAAGUAGUAGUACAAAGAAAAUCACAGUAG